AUGGGGGAAGUCGAACGGCCUAGAUCGUUAUCCAGGAUUACGGUGGAUAGCGAUGCAGAAUACUUGGACGCUUAUGAUCAUGUUACAUACAGCAAUUCUUUAGAACUUUUGGAUACGAUUGCUGAAACUCAAAUCACACUGAAUUUGUUCAUGAACAAUAAGUUUGAGCUGGCAGAAGAGAGAAUGGCUGAAUUAUACGAUAAGAGCAUGUACCACUCAAUGGGAUAUACUUGUAUCCUAUUCAUAAAAGCAGUGAUGACAGUCAAUAAACAGGAUAUGGAGAAGGCAGCAGAAGCAUGCAAGAUGUCAGUGGAAGUAAUUGAACGGUUUCGAGAGAGAAGGUCAAUUAAAGAGACGAUAUUUGGAGCAACUGCAAAAGGAAAGAAGAUGACAGAUGAAGAAUUACAUGCGGAACUCUGUUACGCUCAAAUGCUCCUAAUUCGAGCAAUGCUCACAUUCUUUCAUGAUGAUAACUUUGCUAGUUUCAUCAAAGGAGCAUUGAAUAUCAGAACUUGUUAUCAGACAUACAGAUACUGUGAAAAGCUGAUGAAUGAGCCAAGCGUCUGGGCUGGAAGAAACAAGAAGGUUCAAGAACAGUUCGAAAGUGGAACUAGAAUGGGUCUUGGCACAUUCUCACUGAUGCUUUCGGUCCUUCCAUCGAAGGUGUUGAGACUACUGGAAGUUGUUGGUUUCUCAGGAGAUAAAGUGGCUGGAAUGAGAGAUCUUCAGCAUGUAGCAUCUAUGACUGGAACAUUGUGUUCUCCACUUGCUAAGAUGGUGUUGCUGACGUGGCACUUGAUUGCAAGUUUUGUACUAGGAACCGGCCAACCAGAUCUCGAGGUGUGCAAAAGAAUAAUGCCCGGUUUGUCUCAUUUAUGGCCAAGUGGAGCUAUUAUGCUCUUCAUGAAAGCACGUCUUCUUUUGAUUUCUGGAGACAUUGAGACUGCGAUUCAUUAUUUCAAUAUGUCAAUUGAAUCACAAGAUGUUUAUAAACAAUUUCAUCAUGGAUGCUAUUGGGAGUUACUAUUCGCUCAUGGUUACCAACGUCGAUGGUCUCAUGCGGCCAAUUACGCUAGACUUUUGAUGAAAGAAUCGAAAUGGAGUCGUUGCGUUUACACAUAUCUUCUCUGCAUCUUUUUCGCAGCAGAUGAAACUGUCGAUGAGACGAAACGAAUUGAAACGAUCAACGCAUUGGCUGGAAAGGUUGAUGGUCUUCGACUGAGGAUAGCUGGAAAAUCGAUUCCAGUUGAGAAAUACUGCGGAAGAAAGGCGAAACGAUUUGUGGCAACUAAAUCCUUGCUUUUCGCUCACUAUGAAUUUAUCUACUUUUGGAACGGAUUUGACAUCUUCGGAAAGAAUCCAAAGUUGGUCCGAGGAGUUUUGGAAGAUAUGGAUCGUGUCUGGCAGAUGAAAAAGGAUACUGUGGAUGUUGAUGAUUACUGUCUGUACUACUUCUUGAAAGGUGUCUCCCUUCGUCACCUACAAUUGUAUGCUCAAGCAGAAGAGUGCUUCAAGGCGAUUUUGGAAAGAGAAACUAGCAUCAAGAGCUUCACAUAUCUGCCACCAAAUGCCACAUAUGAAUUAGCCAUGCUACGCAUCUCGGAGCAACAAUCCAUAGAGGCGCAGACGUUGCUGGACAAGGCUCGUGCAUACAAAUCAUACUCUCUUGAGAACAAGUUACAUUUCCGGAUACACAGCGCAAUGGGCACCAUGGGUUGUCGAACGCCGAUGAUGUAG